GCAGUUGCGCGCCAGGCCGAACUCGGGGAACAAGAGGAGCCCCACGUCUUCCCACGCCCCGCCCCCUCCCCAGAGCCCCGCGGAGCCGCGAGGUGCGGAACCACGACACGACAUCCUGUUUUUGGGGCCCGCGCAGCUCCGCCUGCGACUCUGCUGAUGGUGUCUUUUCCCGAGGUUACUACUUCCAGUGGGGUCCAGAAGAGGGAGGAGGCAGUGCCUCCACUCUCGCAGCUUUAUCCACAAUGCAGAGCAUCAAGUGUGUGGUGGUGGGUGAUGGGGCUGUGGGCAAGACAUGCCUUCUCAUCUGCUACACGACUAAUGCCUUCCCCAAGGAAUACAUCCCCACUGUGUUCGACAAUUACAGCGCCCAGAGUGCAGUUGAUGGGCGCACUGUGAACCUGAACCUGUGGGACACUGCGGGCCAGGAGGAAUAUGACCGCCUGCGCACCCUUUCCUACCCUCAGACCAACGUCUUUGUCAUCUGUUUCUCCAUUGCCAGUCCACCCUCCUAUGAAAAUGUGAGGCACAAGUGGCAUCCAGAGGUGUGUCACCACUGCCCCGACGUCCCUAUCCUCCUGGUGGGCACCAAGAAGGACCUGAGAGCCCAGCCUGAUACCCUACGGCGCCUCAAGGAGCAGGGUCAAGCGCCCAUCACACCGCAGCAGGGCCAGGCACUGGCCAAGCAGAUCCACGCUGUGCGCUACCUUGAGUGUUCAGCGCUGCAGCAGGACGGCGUCAAGGAGGUGUUUGCAGAGGCCGUCCGGGCAGUGCUCAACCCUACACCGAUAAAGCGUGGGCGGUCCUGCAUCCUCUUGUGACCCUGGCAUUCAGCUUGGAGGCUAUCCCUUGACCCCCCACCAGUUGUGCCUUGGCGCCUUGUCUGCCCCCCAGCUGUGCCUUAAGGACUAAUUCUGGCACCCCUUGCCAGGGGACUCCCUGAUUGCCUUUUAUUCCUUAAGGAGGUACACGGGGAAAGGGGCUUUGGGCCCUGCCCCACUCUGCUUGGGAAUACCAAGUAUUUCAUGAGUUCACCUAAGCCAGGUUGACCCUUCCAAGAGGCCAGCCCAGUGCUUCCCUCCAUUUCCUGCUACUGACCAGUUCAUCCAGCUUCCCACAAUGCUGUUGCUGCCUGUUGUGGUGCCUCCUCUCAGGGUAGGGGCUCUAACCUCUGCCUUUGCUCUUGGAGUAGGCUCUCCAAGAUAUCCCCCCCACCACAAAGGAAGAGCCACAGAACCCUGAGAAGAAAAAUGCCCUAACCUGCCCCUUGUGCCCAGGCCUUAUGCGUCUGCUGACUGACUCAGGCCCCAUGCUCCUGGGGGCCUUUCCUACCCCAUCAGCAUCAAUAAAACCUCCUGUCUCCAUUG